GAGAGGGAGGGGGAGAGAGAAAGGGAAAGGCGUGAGGCUGGAGGUUAGUAGAAACAGGAAAAGACUGACUGAAGAGAGAUAAAGAGAGAGCUGACACACACGUGUGUGAAAGGAGAGAACAGGUGGAUUGGACAGCUAUACCUGGACUAAAGACGAGCAUCUUCUUAAAUUCUCUUUUAUUUAAAGGGAAGUAACUUUUUUCCUGCUUGACGGACGCCACAUGAGGAGUGUAGAAGGAGAAAGAGAUGGGAUGUGUAUUCACGUUGUAUUUUGCUAUGGGCCAUUAAGUUGGUCAACACCUGAGAAGGAGGUGAAAGGAGAAGCAGAGACUGACUGUUUGGUCCAAGGGGAAGACUGGAAGACGGUAUAGAAAGGCUGCAGAUGGGGAGAAUUUCUUUUUAAAGGAUUUUGUAUUUGAAAAUGUACCCUCAGGUGCUUUCUAAUCUGUGAGUAGCAUCAUUUUACAUCUUCAUAAACACAUUUUUCACAGCCCCAAACUGGUUUUUCAGGCUGCAUGUGGACAAAUGUAACUGCAUUUACUUCACUGUUGGAAAUCUAUCCUGAGGGUCUUUAAACAUUAGGAGAAACAGUAACACACUGUCAGUUUGGGGAUCUUUUGGAAAUGAAACUUUUCAACUUCCUAGAGUUUUUCUUUUUUAUUGGAGCAUAAAGAUAACCCAGCAUCUCAAGGCCUCAACAUACCAUCUGACCCACAGUAUUAGGGGGGAAUCAAGGAACAAACUCUCCACCAUGCAGAGCCCGGGACCUGAGCAUGAUGACUCUUUUGAUUUCCUGUUUAAGAUCAUUCUGAUCGGAGACUCUAACGUGGGAAAGACCUGCGUGGUCCAGAACUUUAAGUCAGGGAUUUUCUACGAGAGGCAGCAGAACACCAUCGGAGUGGAUUUCAGUGUACGGACCCUGGAUAUCGAGGGGAAGAAAGUCAAGAUGCAAGUGUGGGACACAGCGGGUCAGGAGAGGUUUCGCACCAUCACCCAGAGCUACUACCGCAGUGCCCACGGCGCCAUCAUCGCCUAUGACAUCACACGGCGCUCUACCUUCGACUCAGUGAACCACUGGAUAAGAGAGGUGGAGACCUACGGAGCGACCAAUGUGGUGCUGGUUCUUAUAGGAAACAAAUGUGACCUGGAGGAGGAGCGUCAGGUUCUGUUCCAGGAAGCGUGCGGCAUGGCUAAUGACAGGGGCAUUCUAGCUGCCCUAGAAACAUCCGCAAAGGAGAGUCAGAACGUGGAAGAAGCCUUCAUGAUGAUGGCCAAAGAGCUGCUGGCUCGAAACGGCCUCAGCGUCCACCAGGGAGAAUUCGGAGGCAUCGACAACCCUCGAGUUCUGCUCAGGUCCAACUCUCGGCCCGUGAACGGCAUCGUCAGUGCCUACACACCGCCAGAGAAGAAGGACUGUUGCUGAUUCCGAGGGGGGAAAUCCAGGGAAGAAGAAAAGAAAUGUCCCGUGCGUUGAUGAUGGGAGAAGGCUCCAAGAUGUGAAAUGUGGCUGGAAAGACCUCAUCAAUCAAGACCACUGUAUCCCAAGUGUUUGAUAUGAGAGACUGAGGAAGUUUUGACAAUUCAGUACUUCAGAGAACCCGAUCUAUAAGGGACUGCUACAAGAAGAGGAAAGUCUGUAUUUAAAACUAAAGCAACAAUUGAGUUGCUAAUUACGUCAAGAUCUUAUUUUGUCUUGUAAAAUGUUGUCUUCAAGCUUCACUCUGCUGAUUAAAAGCUGAAAAAGCUUAAACAUUUGAAAAGCUAAGGAAGGACUGCAGCAGUGCAUAAGACUGAGAAUUCAACCCAAGUGACUUCUUGUGGUGUCUCAAUGAUGAGCUGUGAUCCUCUGCUGCUGUCCCCCUUGAAGGAAACCGUCUUGGAGGGUCGACUACAAGCCAGAAGACUGUGACAUGUUUGUUUGUUUCACUUUCUCUUACUUACACUAUACUGUUGUCUUACAGUGUCAAUAAUGUCUGUAACAGGCUGUGAAUGUGUUCUCAAUUGAUUCUUCUUUUUCAUUUGACACGAUGAAGCAGGGCAAAGUUGGAAAUAAAGGAAAACCAUCAAGU